UGAUAAACAUUUCGAAGUGAUUUGAAGCUAAAAACCAACAUCUGUUUGAGACCGGAUAAACAGACAGAAAGCGGGAAAGGCAUUAUCAUAAAGGUUAGCCAAAAUGAUGCACUAUCGCAAGGCCGAGAAUGUGGAGCAGGAGUUGAGCAAAAAUGAUUUACCCUUUGAGAAUUGCUUGCCAAAGGCGCACAAGGAUUUUCUCUGGAUGCACGUCAAGGGCGGCACCGAGGUGAGCAAUGUGAUUGGCUAUGCGCAGGCGGCGCUGGAUAAAGGCGAAUAUCGCAGCCUGGUCUGGAGCGGUUCUGGUGGCGGCGUUGUUAAGACCAUAUCCUGUGCCGAGGUGCUGAAGCGUAGCCAUCCGCUAUACCAGGUCACGCGCAUGGGCUAUACGAGCGUGGAGGAGCACUGGAAACCACAAAUGGAUGGCCUGGAGGAGAUCGUUGUCAAUCGCAAAAUACCCACAUUGCAUAUACUCAUGAGCCUGGACGAACUGGACGAUAGUAUAGCUGGUUUACAGAAACCCAAUACAACUAGUGAUUUCUGGCAGCAUGAUGAGCCGCCUGCUAAUAGACAAGCUGCUGGCAAUAGACCUGCGCCCGUUAAUAGAUCAGCUCCUGCAGCCAGAGGCACAAAUAAACGCCAAAGAUUUGGACGCAGCAAACCGCAACAGCAGCAAACUCAGCAAAAUCAGCAAAGCCAAAGCAAACCUGCAACCGAAAGCGGAGCCAGUGAACAUACCUAACUGUAUUUAUAUUCAACUAUGGUU